UUGUUGUUGAUAUGUUCACAAUGAGAAGGUUGUUUCUGAGUUGGAAUAUGUUUGAAGCCAGUGUUUGUUUUGGUGUUUUUUUUUCUUUUAUCUGUUCAGAAUUGUAUAGGAUUAAUGAAGACCAGAAAGUGUCACUUGACCUGGACCCAUAUGUUAAAAAGUUGCUGAAUGCCCGGCGGAGAGUGGUGCUUGUGAACAACAUCUUACAGAAUGCCCAGGAACGACUGAGACGGUUAAACCACAAUGUCGCAAAGGAAACAGCUCGUCGUAAAGCCUUGCUGGAGUCUGGAUUACUACUUCCUGGUUCUCCAAGCAAAUGAAGACAGCUUGUGAAAAUCCAAAUGACCACAAACUGCUACCAUUAGUGAAGAUGCAUUGACCUGUAUAUCGAUUCACUCAGCUGUGAUGCUUGAAGCAUACAAACCAAGAUUUAAUUGAUAGCUUAUUUGGAGUGGAAGUGGGUAAAGGUUCAAACGUAUCACAAUAGUGUACAGUUCCUAAUCUCAGUUAUCGAUCACAGAGGCCUCAUUUGGUACAACCAUAAUAAACUUCAUCUGAGGUCUGUUCUGUUUGGACAAAGUUGAAUUAUGGAAUUAUAAGACCACUGCAUUGAGCUUAAAUAUAACAUGCACUGAAGUUUAUCAAAUGCUCACUUACUGUGAGUAAUGUCACACUUGUCAGGGGAGAAAGAUUUAAUUUUUGCAGCUUUUACAUGUGACACUUCUUGCUUAUUAAUGUCCAAGUGAAUAUGGAGCUCUCUCCUUUCCAAGUGACUGCCCUGAUACAAUGCUACAAUGCUGAUUACAAACUGUAUUUAAAAGACUUCCUUAAUGUUAAUCCAAGCAAUACUGAUUCUGUUUGAUUGUAACUGAGCUUGACUCAUAUUUGACCAUUUCUCCGGCAAGAACCAGUUCACAAAUUGGUAAUAUAGUCUGUCCUGUUACACAA